UUUAUAUUCGGAAACACGAGAUAUAAAACCCUAAUCGCCUCUCAUCUUCCAAUCCUUCCACACAAUCCAGAGCUUCCUAGUUCCUCUUCUCCGGGAAUUCGCCGGCGUGAUGCUGUUUCCUAUUUUGGUGAGAUGGAGCCCCUGUGGAUGCAGAAUGGAUCAGAGUCAGGGAAUAAAGCAAUGAAUGGCAAGUUCCUGGUGCUGAACAUUGGAACUAAUACUGUUGGAGUGGGCAAUCAUUGCACAUUCUCUAAACCAUCCGACAAUUUCUACCCAAAUCCCAUAGAGAGAUUCAGCAAUCAAAGCAAUCCAGGCAGUGCACACACUUGUUCUAAUUCUACACAGAAAGAGCCUUCUACCUGGCCUUCUUCCAAUCGAAACAGGGUGUUGAAGAGGAACAAGGAAGAUCAUGAAUGUAUUUCACAGAAUAAGAAGAGGAAGAUUGGCAGCUCAACAUCAAGAUCAACUAGAAGAAAGUUGAACUCGGCUACAUUUGAUAAGAACCCUUCCAGUGCCUCAUCUGCAGAUGGCAAUGGAAUGCAUGUCUCAGAGUCUGGACCCCCUCCAUGGCACCUUGUGAGCCUCUUGCACUUAUUUGGUUGGAAGGUAGUGCCUCGACCUGAAUUUGAUGAUCAUAUCUACAUGUCCCCUGGUGGUGUUUCAUAUUUCUCCUUCUCGAAAGCAUAUGAGAUGUUUCUCCAAGGAACUUCCAAAUAUAAUAAGGAUGUGGCAUUUGUUACACCUCAGAGCAGCAAUAGUAGUUAUGUCCCAUGGAUCUCUAUUUUUGACAGCAGAUCAGUCUCACAACCUGCUGCUAUUACUAUUGCUGCUGCUUCUGCUGCUACUGCUGCUCCUCCUGCUGAUAGUGAUUGUAGAACUAGAGGAAUUGAUAAGAGUUUUGCUGCCAUGGAAAUUGUCAAGGCUACUGAACCAAGUUUGAUAUCUGAUGAAGCAUCCCAACCCGCAUCAUUGCAGGGGAUUGAUGCGAGAGAUAGAACUGUUGUUGUGGAUGAAUGGUUGAGAAACAGAUUUUCUGAUGUGUUCAAUGAUAAAAAUAGCAAUCAUGACAUGCAUGGAGAUGGAAGAUUGCCUAUGGUGGAGAAUUUAUCUCAAAUUGGUUGUCGACAGAGCCCUAUUGAAAGCAAUUUAUAUGUAUCAGAAGCUUCUGGCAAUGAUUUAUGUUUGAAUGUUUAUGGAGUCAGCAAUGAUACAAUGAAACAAAUGCCUAACACUUCAGUAGUGGAAAACUUAGUAUGCAACACAUCUGAGGCCCAGGUUGCCGAGAGAACUGCUUGCAUGCCAGAAUGUGAGUUUAUGGAUAUUAUGGUUAAGAAUCAAAGCAAUGAGCCGAGCAGAGACUGUAAAUCACCUGAAGUUAGGAGGUUGAGUCUUCUUGCACAGCUUGAUGCAGAUUUAAUGGCCGAAGCUAGCUUAUUAAAUUCAACCAAAUCUUUGGUCAACCCAAUUACCAGAAAAGAUGAGGAAAAGCCAAGUGAUAGCAUGUUGCAUGAGAAGAUUUGUUCUUCUACAAGCCAAAGAUGCAGGACUGGUGAAACAAAACGAAUGAAUCGUAGAAAUAUUGGCCUUAAUGAAAAAAGGCAGAGUAAUGUUGCUCACUCUAGAAGCAGGAGAUCUUCACGCAUAAAUGGGAAACAUGUUGAUUCAGACAAGGAACUAAAUAAAAAGGUAGGAGCUGAUGAUAACUUAUCAUAUUCUCAUAUGGCAGUCAAUGGAGUGGCAACCAAGGAUAAGGAAGAAGCAACUUUUAAUUCAUCAUAUGUUGUGACUCAGGAAAACAGACCUCCUGGGUCAGAUGGCACACUAAUAUCAAAGCAAACUAAUGCAGAAGGAUCUGAAAACCAAAAUGUGAAAAUUCAUGAAAGACGGGAGAGUUAUAUGUUAAGGAGCACUAAGAAGGUGAAAGCAUUAAUGUUCACUAGGAGUUCUGCUUCAUCUAAAGGCAUAGGGGAACAACCUUCUCUUACUGAAAAAUGUCAUCCAUCAUCUAAAACUAAAAGGAAGGCAGGGAGAGGUAAAGGAGUAAAGAAGAAAACAAAGAGUCGUGGAUGUGGUCUCACGGUUAGGAGAAAUGCGAAGAAUAAUCAUCAAGAGGUGAAUCAAUGUCACCCGAAAUUCAGCAUAUUAUCAUGGUUGAUAGAUUCAGGCACUCUGACUGAAAAUGAAAAGGUUGUGUACAUUAAAGAGAACAGGAGGGUUAAUGCUGCAACAGGUUUAAUAACUAGAGGUGGCAUUUGGUGUCAUUGCUGUGAGGAGGUCAUACCACCAUCAGAAUUUGAAUUGCAUGCUGGUAGCAACCUUCACCAGCCCUGGGAUCAUAUUUUCCGCAUGUCUGGGAAAUCAUUGAUGCAAUGCCUCACUGUUGCCUGGGAGAAAGAAAAAAAGAGGAGAAAACCAGGCCACCAAACUUUGGGAGCUAGUGAUGACGAUGAUAGCGAUGACACGUGUGGUGUUUGUGCUGAUGGUGGGCACUUGAUAUGCUGUGAUGCUUGUCCUUCUACUUUUCAUCAAGACUGUCUGAUGCUCAAGGCACUGCCAGAGGGAAGUUGGUACUGUCCAUACUGUAGGUGUCCAUUUUGCAUGGUGGCUGAGGAUGGAUCCUACGUAGCAAGCGAGGUUUUAACCUUACAUUCAUGCAAGCAAUGUGGUUGUAAAUAUCACCAAGAAUGUGCUUGGGCAAAUGCUAUCGGAGAGAUGGACUCUGUGCAAUCAUCCCUCUGUGGAAUCAAUUGUCAGAAGGUUGCUGCUCAACUAUCUGAUAUUGUUGGUAUUACAAAUCCUAUUGAAGGGGGGUUGUCAUGGACUUUAUUGAGACGUCUUGAUGAAGAAGAGAGAGGCAUCUGUAGGCAGAUAUCUUCUCUUCAAAUGGAAUGUAAUGCAAAGCUUUCCUUAGCUCUCCUUGUGCUUCAUGAGUGUUUUGUCCCUCUGGUGGAUCAAAGGACUGGUGUGGACAAGAUUUCCCAAGCUGUCUACAACUGUGGGUCAAACUUUAAUCGUCUGAACUAUGAAGGAUUUUACACCAUAAUAUUGGAGAAGAAUGGAGAAAUCAUUACAGCUGCGACAUUAAGGUUUCAUGGGACACAUUUAGCUGAAAUGCCCUUCAUUGGAACACAACCUUCAUAUCAAAGGAAAGGCAUGUGUCGGCACCUUCUCAAAGCAAUUGAAUUGGUGCUCUAUUCAUUAAACAUCAAGAAGCUGAUUAUUCCCGCCAUUCCUGAUUUGCUAGAGACAUGGACUAGAUCUUUUGGUUUCAGACCUCUAGAGCAAUCCGAUAAAGAUGAAAUCAGGAACCUCAGCAUGAUGGUUUUUGCUGGGACAACUUUACUUCAAAAGUCUAUUUGCAACACUGAAGAAACAAAUACAAGACGCAAUAUUUGCAGCAGAGGUGACGGUGUUAAUAUCAGGGAAGCCUUCGAGGGAGGACGGCACAUGAGAUCAAACAUUAUCGAUACUCAACUUUCUACCUUUUCUCCAGGUUUAUUUGCUAUUCUUCAUCCUGAAGUUAGAACUUCAGUAUAAUAAAAAUUGCAGCAAUAUGAGAUGCAACAAUCCUGCAGGAAAAUCAAACCUUUUUUUUCCCACAGAAUAAUAGUUUAUUGAUCUGAAAAUAGCAGAUCAAUUAUUUAAUUGAUAUGAUUUUUGCACAGAAAUUAAUAGAAGUUGUCUUUGAUUGCAUUGUACCUAAUUCCAUCACCUUUUGAAUUGACAAGGCCAUCAUUUCUUAUUCCUUUCUACCACAUUGAAACUUUUGUUUUUCUGUUUGUCAUUUGGGAUUUGGGCAUGACACAGCUGCUC